AUGUCUCAAUGGAUGUCGCAAGGUCAUUUUCCACCACCUCCACAACCACAAUAUCCGUCCUAUCAAGGACCUCAACAGGUUCCAUCUAAUCAAUAUAUUCCUCAAUACCAAAGACCCUCAAUACCUCCACCUUCGCAACAACCUCCUAUAGAUGAUUUGUCUAUAUCUUUUGAAAAUCUUGCAAUGAGUUUGAGACUAUCAGCAGGACCCCAAGAAUUAGAUAAUUUUCACUUAUCUCUUAGGAUGCUUAUGCAUGAUUGUUCACAAUCAAAUAUUCAGAGAGGCAGAACCUGGAUAUUUGAACAUUGUACAAAUCCAACUCAUUAUGAUAGUUUAUUACGUUUUGUUAUUGCGCUCUCGAGAUCACGACCUUUAUUUGAGGAUAAACUUCACCUGAUAUAUUUAAUCAAUGAUGUUCUAUAUUACAGUGAGCGUCGUCAGGAACCUUGGGUCAGAGAUGCUUUACAUUCGCAUUUGCUUCCAUUACUUCGUGGUGCUUUCCAUUGUGUAGAUGCAAAUGAAAAGCAACAAGAGAAAGUUCUUAAAAUUAUAUCUAUUUGGGGUGACAAACAUUACUUUGAUGAUUCCAAAAUAAAUGCUUUGAAAUCUGGAAUUAUGGUUCCUCCUCCACCGCCUGGUGGUCCACCACCCGCUUCAUAUUCACCACAAGGUCAACAUUCAUUUGGACAUAUGCGUUAUCAAGGUUCUCAAUCCGUGUCACCUUUUUAUAAUCAAAGUGCACCUCCACCACCUGGGAUGUUUUCUAGUCCCCUUCCUUCUGUUCAAUCAAUGGUUUCAUCGAGUACUCACCUUUCUCCAUCACCAGUUUCUCAUAGUCACUUAAGAUCCAUUUCUGAACCAGCACCACCAGGUAUUUCACCAGGACAAUUUCUUCCCGGUCCAUCUCCACCACCGGGAAUACCUAUACAAGGAAUUGUUCCAAGAUCGGAGGCAGUCUCUCCUCCUAUUCCUGCUGUUCCUGAAAAAAAAUAUCAUGAAUUACCGGCUGGAUUAAUUGUUCCCGCUAUUUUGCCUGAGGAUCCUCCUUAUAAACCUAUUCAUGCUGCUUCUAUUAGACUUCCACCUCAUCGACUUCCACCAACAGCGGAAUUAUUAGAUGCUGUUGAUAAAUUUUAUGAAGGGAUGAAAAUAGUAGAAUCGACAGAUGAAGAUGGUGAAAGUCUUGUACCAAUUAAAGAGAAAAUUAAACUUGAUAAAAAUGGUUGGGAAGUAGGAUUUUUAGAUGAUUUUUAUAAAGAUUUAUAUGUUCGUAAAGCAGCAGCAGCAGCUCGGACUGCGGCUGGAAAAUAUCGUCCGUAUAGACGUAAUAGAGAUGAUCGGCACCAUCAUUGGUCAAGAGAUAGAAGUUUUUCCAGAUCAAGAUCUCCUUCAUUACGAUCUCAUUCACGAAGAAGUAGAAGGCGUAGUAGUUAUUCGGAUUCUUCGUCUAGUAGUCAUAGUCGAUCAAGAGGACGUAAACGACAUAGACGAAGUAGUAGAAGUAGGUCACGAUCAAGAUCAAAUUCUAGACAUAGAUACAAGAGUAAUAGUAGAUCAUGGAGGCGAACAAGAUCACGAACUCGUUCAAGGACACGUUCUAGGACCCCUUCCCGUACACGUUCGUUAUCACGUUCUGUUUCUCAAUCUCGAUCUAGAUCAUUAUCAAUUCCUAGGACGAAAACGAGGUCAAGAUCAAGAACCAUGACGCAAACGAGUUCAAGAAAUCGAUCAACAAGACCAAGGAGUAGAAGUAGAUCAAUAUCUUCAAGUUCUAGAUCAAGGUCGAGAACUAGAUCAAGGUCAAGAUCAUAUGAAAGAAGUCGAAGUCGAAGUUAUAGUCGUGAUGUGCGUAAGUCAAAUGAAUAUAAUUCAUCAAGACGGCGAUAUCGAAGCAAAUCAUAUUCCCGAUCCAAAUCGAGAUCACCAUCACACAAUGGAGGUGGUAUAGGUUAUGUGAAGGAAAAAGAAGAGGCAGCACGACCAGAUAAAAUGAUAUCUGAUCAAAAUGUAGGGUUCCAGAUGUUAAAGAAAUUAGGAUGGGAAGGAGCAGGUACAGGAUUAGGAUCAUCCUCAACAGGUAUUGCCGAACCAAUUAAAGGAGGGGAACUUAGAGUUGGAGAACUAAAAUAUUUGGGAGUUGGUCAUGGUCAAGGAGACGAAGAGGACAUUUUUGAUCAAUAUCGAAAAGCAAAAAGUUAUACAUAUCAAAGAAGUGAAGCAGGUUCAAAGGAUAAAAAACCAGCAGGAUGUUUUAGAUGUGGGAAGUAA